AUGGGCCGGCAUAACAGACGUCGCACUCGUCCUCGUUCCCGCAAUCGAUCUAUAACUUUACAAUCCUCGGCAUCCUUUCAGACACCCCAGAACACCUUCUGUGAGCCGGUGUCUCUCGACAACUCUCCAGCCACCUCAUGUGGCUCUCCAGCUGUAGCUCCCGCCCCAAUAUGGCACUUUGGAUAUACAGCAUGGCAGACCCGUGAACGCCCAAUGGGACUGGAAGCAGGCCAAGACGAACAAUGUCGUCUGUUUGGCGGAGAACCGGGUGACGACAUGAGUCUCUGUGAUCGUAUGCUCGAGUUCUUCGGCGGACUGGACUAUAUCAAUUCCACCAGUAGCCAUGCCCUUGGAGAUUGA